AUGUCUGAAGAGGUAGCAGCCACGCUCGAGGUUGACCUCCCCGAGGAGCAGCAGGAGGCCGGCGAGGAAAAGCCCAAGGCCGACGACAAGCCCAAGGAAGACCCUAAAGAUGGCGACGGGGAAGCCGCCGGCGGUGCGGCAGACGGGGAAGCUGAGCCGCCGGUAAAGGAGAAACCGCAGGAGGAGGAGAAGCCGCAGCAGUCGGACCCCGAGGAGCCUGAGGACGACGUACCUAUCGUGCUAGUUACGGGAGCGUCCGGCUACCUGGCGUCGCACGUCGUGCAACAGCUUCUACAGGACGGACGGUUCCGUGUCCGCGGCACCAUCAGGAACCUCGACAACGAGAAAAAGGUGAAAUUCCUGCGAGAACUAGUGCCCGAAGCCAAGUAUCCGCUCCGGUUGAUCGAAGCAGACCUCCUCAAACCCAAGACAUGGGCCGAAGCGGUGCGCAGGUGUCGGUACGUCGCCCACGUCGCUUCCCCGCUCAUAGUGAAGGGCAAAGCUGCCGACGGUAUCAAGCCUGCAGUGGAAGGCACAACAAGUGUCCUCAAGGCGUGUGCAGAAGCCGGCACUGUGAGGCGCGUCGUCGUGACCAGCUCUACAGUAACCGUAGUAGGCUUAGCCGGCGACCCCGGUAAGCCCGCAGACCAUGUUUUCACGGAGGCGGACUUCGCCAGCGAGGAAAUGGGGACCCCGUACGAAAAGAGCAAGGUGAGGGCCGAGAGAGCCGCGUGGGAAUUCGUCAAGGGCCUGGAGAAGGACAAGCAGUUUGAACUGGCCGUUGUGUGUCCCGGUCUGCUAGAGGGCCCGCUCCUCAACCAAACGCACCAGGAAGGCUCAGUCGGCUUUCUGGCGAGAGUACUGGCUGGAAAAAUGUCCAGGUUGCCCGACAUCCACUUUGCACUGGCCGACGUUCGCGAUACCGCAAGAGCACACAUCGCAGCCCUGGAAAAAGCAGAGGCAGCAGGCAAUAGAUACAUCUCCUACACAGAGGUGAUGUCGUUCAAGGAAAUGGCACAAAUCCUUGCAGAUGAGUUCAAGCCACAGGGCUAUAAGAUUGGUGUCAAGAACUUGCCAAAGGCCGCUAUGUGGGCUGCCAAGUUGUUCAACUCACAGGCAAAGACAAUGUACACCAUGGUUGGAAAGAAAUUCAAUUACAGCAACGAGAAGAUGAAGGGGGAGUUGGGGGUCGAGCCACGUCCAGCAAAAGACAGCAUCAUCGAUACCGGCUACAGCAUCAUUGAAAUGGGCAUUGUUCCAAAGAAGCCGGGCUACCUCGGGCACCCUUCUACUCGACCUCCUCCAACGGAGCCGACAGCUGCAGAAGCUGUAGAGGGUGACGCACCGCAGGAGGCCAGCAGUGAGCCUGCAAAAACAGAGGAGAAGCCGGCAGAACAGGAGCCAGCAAAGGCAGAUGAAGCAGCCAGCGAACAGACAAAGACUGAAGAACCGGCAGCAAAGGCAGAAGAGCCACAAAAAACCGAGGAACCAACAAAAGCUGAAGAGGCUACGAGUGAAGAACCAACCAAAGUAGAAGAGACUCCAUCAAGCGAAGAACCGGCUAAAGAACAAACGCCGUCAAGCGAGGAACCGGCCAAAGAAGAACAAACGCCGCCAAGCGAGGAACCGGCCAAAGAAGAACAAACGCCACCAAGCGAGGAACCGGCCAAAGUAGAAGAAACACCUGCAGAAGAGCCAGUGGCAGCCGAAGAACCCACGAAAGAAGAAGAGCCGGUGAGUGAACCACCAAAGGAAGAACCAGUUGAAGCCACACCCACCCAAGAGCCAGAAACACAAGAGCCGGAAGCAAAAGAAGAGCCGCCCACUGAACAAACGACGACGACGCAAGAACAACCCGAGCCCACGCAGGAGGAAGACCCUCCAACUGAGCCCACAAAUGACGACUCGGCGGCACAAGAGGAACAGAAAGAGAGCAAGUCGCAGGACGCGGUGGAUGUGCAGAAUGAAGCAGCCACCGAUGCAGACACUGAAUCCUAA